GAGGGCUGGCGAGACGAGGCAGAUGCGCAGCGAAUGAGGAGGGACUGUUGAGAAACUCAGGCAGAAAAUAAAAGUUCAACCCAGUUUUCUGGGCUUUUCCUGAUUGUGAAACGCUGCUCUCCGCUUCUGUCAAUUAACAAGCAACUUCACCAGAGAGACAGCCCAGUGUGGGAGCAACCAGUUCACGAGAAGGCGACUUUAAAAUAAUUUACUUGAUAUUUCCAGCGAGGAUUUCUUCCCUUCGCCAGCUCUGUCUCUGAAGUUGGUCCCUUUGUUCUAUGGCUUUCUUGAUGAAGAAGAAGAAAUUUAAGUUUCUGGUCACUCUGACAGUGGUAAAUCUCUCGGCCGUGCCGUUCAUCAAUGGGAUCCUGUACUGCAAGAUCCGCUUGCUUCACGGCGGAUCCUUCAGUGAGCUGUCUACCCGGGAAGAGGUGCAGGAAAACUGCGUGCAGUGGCGAAAGAAGUCACGGUUCAUGUGCAAGAUGAGCGCCAGCUCAGCCACGGGGGUCUUGGACCCCAGCAUCUGCCGAGUGUCCGUCCGCAAGGAGCUGAAGGGCGGGAAAUCCUUUGUGAAGCUGGGAUUUGUUGAGCUGAACCUGGCGGAGUUUGCGGGCUCGGGUUCCACUGUUCGCUGUUACAUCCUGGAGGGUUACGACACCAAGAACACGAGGCAGGAUAACUCCAUCCUGAAGGUAUCCAUCAGUCUCCAGCUGUUAUCUGGCGAUCCCUGUUUUAAGACGCCACCCUCCACGGCCCAGCCCAUUGAGGUCCUGGGGCAGCAGGAUUCCCUGGCUCCAGACUGCAAAGGAGAUGACGGGAAAGGGAGCCCUAUAUCCGAGGGCAGCUCUUCCAAACUGUCGAGGUGCAGGUCCUUCCUGGCCGCUGUGGGUAUGGUGGAGGAUUCGGAAAACACGUCCCAUGCUGCUCCCGAGGAAGUGAUCCAGAAAAGGCAUUCCCGGAAUUCCAGCGCCUCCAGCCAAGCCUCGAAGCUUUCAGGUUCCAGCUCCGAGUGCUCGCCCUUGGUCUCCCAUCUCGAGCUGACCCAUUGCCAGGAAGCCUUAUCUGGAAGUAGCUGCCUGUCGAGUGACCUCGGGAGCAUGGCCGAUAUCCGGGAAGGAGGCCGGGACCUCAGUCUGGAGAAACCGGCCGUGCCCUUUAGACCGGCUCUGCGCUCGGAGCGCCUCUCACGGCGGAAGAACGAAGCGGCCGAGAGCCGGCCCACGCGAGUGGACGACACGCGAGUGGACGCGGACGACAUCGUAGAGGAGAUUGUCCGGAGCCAAGACUUCAGCCAGUGCAGCAACACGGAGGAUAGCGGGCUGCAGCUGUACGUGGGCCGAGAUGGGACUAUCAGACUGGGUGGCCUGCAGAGCGAGAACAGGUGGUGUGACUACAAACCUGUUGUCAUCGAGAGCCACUGAACUGCGUCCAGACAGCCAAUUCCCAAUUUUCCUCUCCGUUUGUGUUGUUCUGCUUGUCUCGCUGCUCUUCCCAGAUAGCAUGUUUUUGAAGGAUCGGGAAUUCCCAGCUGAAAUAACCGGGAUGGGCGUUUUCUAACCAGGGAAAAGAUCGAUGCCUGUAUUUCUUUUUGAAAAGGCGAUAAUUCUCAUUGAGAGGACGUAUCGGAAAGAAGUGGAAUGGCCUUGGGUUAAGCCAGGAUAUCGUGGGGGUGAGGGAAGAGCCUGGAGUUGUGAACUGGGAUCCAGUCCUGGGAAGCCUCUUGCUGAAUAUUAAUUAAUGACUAAUGAAUAUUAAUGGUGUGCGUUAAUAAGUGGCACAUGACGUUUUGUCUAGGUUUAGCGCUGUAGCUUGGCGAUGAUCGCUAAUCGUGGCCUUCUAUUUAUUGAGUUUUAAGGAGAUCUAGCGGCGGGAAUCAUUUUAAGUCCUGAAUGUGGCGUUUGAUAAAUGAACCACAUGCUUUUCUUUUGUAAGAGAAUUGACUCUCAGAUCGGUCAAUUUAAUUACAUUUUUAAAAAAUUGAGUCUGCUUGUUCAGGAAUGUGGGGAAAAUGGAUGGGAGGCAGAUAUCCCUGAAUGGUUGCAGGGAUUUUGCCUGUGUAUGGGUGAAAGUCAAUCUAUAGCGUAUUCCUCUAUUGGGUUUUUUGAACAAAAUUUCCAUCUCUUCCUUGAACAGCUCUAGACAUGGUGAAGGAAAAUGAAAGGGAUACAAAAGCAGCUUCCCUCCCCCUCCCCCUCCCCCGCGCGCUCUCUCUCUCCCCCUCACCCCGAUGACUUUUCCUUAGCUGUGUUGGCGAAGGGUAGUGCAUCCUUAGCUUCUGUUUUGUUUUCAGGGGACCUUCCUCAUGAUUCAAGACUCCUGCUCGCAAAUGGUCACUGUGUAUUGGGUUAUAUUGCAGGGGGGAGACGGAGUCCCAGUGAGGUGGAGUGUGUCACUCUGAACUACCUCAACCCCGUUCAGAUUUUGUAACAGGGAGUAUGUUUUCAAACUGUGGUAGCUUUAAAAUGUUAGUAACUGUGUUUAACAUUGGCAUCCCCCCAAUAUUUAGGAUUUCAUUUGGAUAUAUGUAUUCCAGUUGCCUCUUACCUCCCUCCUCCUUCACUUCCUGUCACCCAUAUCUUCAGCACUAAUUUGCAAACCAGGCCUCAAGGAAAUGAGUAUACUGUAUCGAGUGUAGUUUGCUUUUUUUUUGUUGCAAACUUGUAGAUUUCUCUUGGAUUUUUCUUUCCGUCUCCAAUUCCCUGAGCCUCAAUCCUGGAGGGUUUGUGAUCCUUAUUGCCAAUCCUAUGAUUUCUCCACCCCCCACCUCCCUCAGGCUUCAGGUGUAACAGCUUUUGAUGGAGCAGGACUUUGGAAGGGUGAAGGGAGAAUGUGCAGUGUGAUCUAAUCCUCAUGAGGGUGUUUCACCCACACAGCCUGGGAACUAUGAAACAGGGAGAGAAAGGAGGAUGGCUGAGCUCCCAUUUCUAACCCUCCCACCUAGUCGACCAUUUCUUUUGAAGUUUUGUACCAACCAAUUAGCUAUUAAAAGAUGAUGAAAAAUCGUUUUGUUAGACCAGGCUCUGGGCAUUGGACUUUCCAUCUUGGAUGCCAAAGAGAAUUUUAAAGUAUAUUUAUUUUCAAAUUUGCAACAAUAUGGUGACAUGGACUGUGGUUCAGUGUUGUGUGUUUUUUUUUGUUUUUCUUCCCCAGUAUUUAAGCUUCUUUUUUAAAAUAAAUCCAAUUUUUAGUAAUUCUUUUGGGAAUGAUUUUUUUUCUCCCCCACCCCCCCCCCUCCCCCAGACAGAACAGGAGGAACGAGGUAACUGGGGCUAAUAUCCUUCCUGUGCUCUGUAUGUUCUGUAGUGUGGAGUUCCGAUCCAUGCUGUUCCCUCCCUGACUGUGCUCCCAAAUAUUUAAUACCUGGAAAGUGGGAUCAGUAUUAAAUGUAUUUAUAAAUCAGCUUAAAAGUCGCGUGAUUUAAGUGUAAGAUAAUGAUUGAGCCCGUUAGAUUUUUUUCUAAUGACCUUCCCACUAGGAACAGGGAAGGUGCCAAAAUGUGGAAUUUUCAAUAAGAAAGCACAGAAGGGUUUCCUUCUUUUUUCUGAGGAGGUGACUGGAGUGAAAAUUACUGGGAAACAUCCAGUGUUAUUUCAUCUUGCACAAAUAAUAUGACGAGUUUCUGAGCAAUUUGUGCCUUUUUUUUAUUUCCACUUCAAAGUGUGUUUGUGGAUCCUUUUUCUUAUGGAGAUAGUGGUCCCUUUUUUUUAAACAGCAUGUAUUUUAUAUUAAAGCUGUUCGGGAGAUGCAGUCUCGAGCUUACUGUCUGGAUUUAUCAAUGAAUAUUGCAAGGUGCUUCUGUACAGUAUUGUUCAUGGUUGAAAUUUGUACGAAAGUGGGAUUGUCUAUUUUUUAC